ACUCGUUAAAAGGUUAACUAACAAAUGCGACCAGUUCAAAGCGCCCUUCUCGGCCUUCCCCUCUUCCGCCCUGCCUUUCCACGCUGCGAUGACGAUGGCGAUGUUAGUGAGCAUUGUCGGUCUGAUCCUCCUUAUGCUGCUUCUGAUCAUCGUCCUCAUCCUCGUGGCCUGUAAGCCAUGGCGUUUCUUCUUCUCUCCAUCUCGAGGUCGCUCAAUCAAGGUCGGUGAUAUAGAAAGGCCUCUCAUUUCUGAUGAUCCAGAUUUGGUCCAAAACCAAAGCAAUGAAUUGGGAAGAAAUUAUGUUUCAGAGGGGUCCCAUCUUCAAACCGAAGGAAGUUUUGGCUCACCAAGAGCACAUGGCCUUGUCUGUAAACACAGGCUUCCAUCAGCUGAUGCACAUUUUGCACAAGAUAUAACUUCUGAUCCGUCGGAAGAUGUUCUGGUUGGGCAAACACUAAAGCGUACGCUGGUGUCAAACCGCUCAAUCGAAGAGAGAAAGCACGCUAAAAAGGAAGAACAAAAUUAUGAUAUCUCAGGCAUUUCUAAGGCUAUUGGAUGUCAAAGAAGCAGCCUGACCCUGGAAGUUAUAUCUGGCUCUGCUUGUGGGCUUCGUUUCUCCUUACAAUCAACAAAUGCUUCUAAACUUCCGCUGACCCUUGGGAGAGUUCCUCCCAGUGAUAUGUUACUGAAGGACACAGAAGUAUCAGGAAAGCAUGCGAUGAUAAAUUGGAACUUGAAUACAUUGAAAUGGGAGCUGGUAGACAUGGGUAGCCUAAAUGGAACACUUCUGAAUUCUCUGGCAAUCCACCAUGCUGAUUCUGGUAGUAGACAAUGGAGUGAACCUGUUGAGCUUGCAAAUGGGGACAUAAUAACUCUUGGCACUUCAUCAAGAAUACUUGUUCAAAUUAUUCAUCCUGAAAACCAAAUUCCCUUUGGGGUUGGUAUGGCAUCUGAUCCCAUGGCCUUCCGUCGAGGAGGGAAAAAGCUUCCCAUGGAAGAUGUUUGCUAUUACCAAUGGCCUCUUCCAGGAGUUGAACAGUUUGGACUGUUUGGGAUCUGUGAUGGGCAUGGUGGAGCAGGAGCUGCCAAAGCAGCCAGCAAGAUACUGCCCGAGAUGGUUGCAAAUAUCUUGUCAGUUUCGGAGAAAAGACAGAGGGUUAUUUCCCUUUGUGAUGCUUCAGAUGUGCUUAGGGAUGCAUUUUCUCACACAGAAGCAUCUAUGAAUCAUCAGUAUGAGGGGUGCACUGCAACAUUGCUUUUGGUUUGGGCUGAUGGCGAUGAAGAGUUCUUUGCGCAAUGUGCAAAUGUUGGAGAUUCUGCUUGUGUGGUGAAUAUUGACGGUCAGCAAAUCAAGAUGACAGAAGACCAUAGAGUAGCUAGCCAGUCUGAAAGAAUUCGCUUGAAACAAACAGGAGAACCAUUGAAAGAUGGGGAAACACGUUUAUGUGGUCUGAACCUUGCACGGAUGCUUGGAGACAAAUUUGUGAAAGAACAGGAUUCCCGCUUUAGUUCAGAGCCUUACAUAAGCAAAGUUGUGCAAAUAGAUAGAGCAAGCAAGGCAUUUGUUCUAAUGGCAAGUGAUGGCCUGUGGGAUGUCAUUAGCAUCAAGAAGGCAGUGCAGCUUGUACUACAGAUGAAGGAGAGAUAUGCUGCUGACAAAGAGAAUUUGGCGGAGAGGAUUGCAAAUUUGGUGUUGAGUGAGGCAAGAAAUCUGCGGACAAAGGAUAACACAUCUGUUAUUUUCUUGGAUUUCAAUACAACCACUAGAACUGCUUCUUGUAAACUGGAUUCUUGAAUGGACGGUAGGAAGACUCAUCCUACCAUGCUUCAAAUUUUAGCAAUAGUUGCCGCCUUCUUUUGUUCUCAUCUCUAGUCAUUGCAACCAUAGAAAAUAUGUAUUAGUUUUGGCUCUGCCUGCUCA